UAUCAAAUGACAGCCAUCUGAGUGGGAUCUGAAGCAUUUUCUGUGGCUCACAAACUACUAGUACUAACGCGAGUGUUAGCACUCUAGAAGUAGUUUCUAUGGUGUUGCUGGUUUGACAUCUCAAGGAAGUUACUUGUAUGCUACUCGAUCUACGGACAUUGGCAUUCACAGCAUGCUUGCUUCGCAAUAAUCUACCCCAUUGAAAUCAGCAGAGUGGCUAGAUAGACACCCAAGCGUCAGUUAUGGCUUCCAAAAUCGUCGUUGUUGGGAACGUGAAUUGUGCCCUGCGAGAGGUCUUCACCAAGCUCGCUAAGCUGCAGGUGAAGCAGAAUUUUUCGUUUGCUAUUGUUGUUGGGGAUCUCUUUGGGGAUUGCUCCAGUGAGCAAGAGUUGGAUGAAAUCUCCGGCCUUCUACAGGGGAACAUCGCCGUCCCCUUGCCAACUUACUUUACUAUCGGCAGUCGUCCUCUUCCAACAAGAGUGAUCGAAAAGAUUGAAUCGGACGAUGAAGUCUGCCCGAAUCUAUAUUAUUUAGGAAAGCGCGGCACUUUAAAAACUUCUGAAGGUAUUCGACUGGCGGCUCUUGGAGGAGAGCUACAGAGCAAUCCAACUUCGGAUCUUAAGAAUACCGGCAAGUACGAUCCUCACUAUACAGAAGCUGAUGCUCGAGCUCUCUUUGGCGUCCACAAUGCCGACGUCUUGAUUACCAACCAAUGGCCCAAGGGUAUCACGACCGGGUCCAAGGUAUCUCUGCCAGAAGGCACAGCUGUUCCGGAGAGCGUGCAGUGCGUUGCUGAUGUCUGCUCUACGCUGAAACCUCGUUAUCAUUUCUCGUCAUCAGCCGACUUCUUUUUCGAGAGAGAGCCUUUCUUUCAUAUGCCUACUGAGGAUGCACCUGAUGAGAAACCUCUUACGCGCUUCAUCAACCUAGCAUCUUACAGCAAGACCACCAAGCAAAAAUGGAUGUAUGCCUUUACAUUGGAUCCGAAGGCUCCUGUUCCGACCUCUGUCCCUGUAGGGGCUACAGCUACUCCCUUUUCAGCCGUCGCAUCGAAGCGUGGGGCCUUGCAGAGUCAAACCGAAUCAUAUCAGCGGUUUGCUCGUGAGGAUAACCACCAACGACCGCGCAAACGUGCCAGGGGGCCUCCUCCCGGUCCUGGUGAAUGCUUUUUCUGCUUAUCAAACCCCAAUAUCGCGACACACCUCAUAACGUCUAUUGGGAAUGAGUCUUAUCUCACAACAGCAAAAGGACCUUUACCAACGCCACAGACAUUCUCUCACCUUGGAUUUCCCGGGCAUAUAUUGAUAAUUCCAUUUACACACUCUCCAACUUUCAGCUCCAUAUCCGACUCGGAUUCCCGGCUGGGCACCUACAAUGAAAUGCAACGGUAUAGAUCAUCCUUACAUGCGAUGCUUCGCACACGCGCAAAGGGCGAGUUGGGUGCUGUCACAUGGGAAGUUAGCCGCGGAAAUGGCAUCCACAUCCAUUGGCAAUUUCUGCCGGUGCCCUCAGACAUGGUCAAGAAUGGCCUGGUAGAAGCAGCGUUCAAAGUCGAAGCAGAAAAUCUGAAAUACCCGAAAUUCGAAACAACGUCCAAUGAUGAGAUCACUCCACCUGGAGACUCUUUCCGUGUCUGGAUAUGGACGCCUUCAGAAACGGGUACAGACACAGACGCGGAGGCGGGGGCUAGCGGUGAAAAGAAGGGCUCAGAGAAGAGCUUACUGCUUCCACUUAGUCCCGAUUUCCGCUUCGACCUCCAGUUUGGGCGGAGGGUCAUGGCCAAGCUUCUGCAGUUGGAGAAGCGGAUAAACUGGAAGGACGACAUUCAGUCCAAGGAAGAAGAGACAACUGACGCAGAGAGUUUCAAGCAGGCCUUCAAGGAGUUUGACUUUUCCCUUGAGGAAUGAACCAGGACCCAGUUCAUUGCCUUGAUCAUGUAUAGUACUAUAUUCAUUUGGUGUUGAUAGAAGAUCUAUGUCUUUCAUAUCCUUGUCUCUCUGAGCUUCAAAACAGCGGCAUGAGAAAGGAAUCAAAACAUCAUAAAAUACGUCAUGCAUUCUGCUCGUUCUACUACCAAUUCAACAAUCUCGCCCCAUCUACAGUAAAGCCUCUAUUUAUGAUAGGCAGCAGAAUUGAAAUAACCAUAGAAAUAAUACCAUGAGAGGGACAAUCGCAAGGUGGUUCCCUACCGCUGCAU